UGAUAUCAUGUAUAUUGUAUAUAAUUUAUAAAUGUAAUGAGAUGGCCCAUGCUGGUACAUUAGCUGCUCGAACGUUUUAUACUAUAGUGGCGGGCGGCGACAGUAGCCCUGGAACGUAUGGACGUGGUGGUGUGCGCUCGUCGAAUCUGCAUUGCAUAAUGCAAUUUGCAUAACAUCACAACACUUUUCAUCGCACCCCGUCGAAUUUAGUUGCAGUGUUUAGUGUGUACCAAUUUGUUUUGUUGGAAAGCCGAUCACUUGUACGCCGUCAUACCGCUGAAACCACGUAAAACGCCAGCAUAAUGUUCAUAAUGGAAAAAACUAAAUCGUUAAACUUGCGGUACAACGAGAUGUGUAACGACUGGGACGGCUUACACGAGUGCCUAGAUCCUAAAAAAUACGAGCAUGGCCAAUUGGUGCUGUCCUGGAAAAGACUGAACGUCUCGGUGGAAAAUGUAACACAAAAGUAUUUUACUUCAUCAAAAAUCACUCGCCAACAAAUACUGUACAAUGUUAGUGGAAAUGUACAAUGUGGAAAUCUUCUAGGAAUAAUGGGCCCAAGUGGUUCAGGAAAAACUACUUUGAUGGCGACCAUAAGCCAUAGAACUAAAGGAAAUUUUGAAGGAGAACUGUUAUUGAACGGUCGUCCGGUGUCCGAAGAUGUGAUGAUUAAAAUAUCCGGAUUUGUUCCACAACAUGAUAUCACCUUUGAGCAUCUAACGACUUUAGAACACUUGUAUUUAAUGGCGAAUUUAAAAAUGGAUCGCCGCACGACCAAAACCACGUUAAAGGCUCGCGUCAACUAUACGGUCACUGUGUUGGGCAUGCGCGAAUUCCUGGACAGUACCCUGUCGUUGUUAUCCGGUGGUGAACGUAAGAAAGUCGCGCUCGCCGUUCAGCUGUUGAACGACCCUCCGAUACUGUUUUGCGACGAAGUAACCACGGGCCUGGAUAGUUAUACAGCCACGCACAUUGUCAACACGUUAAAACGUAUUGCACGAACCGGUAAAAUUGUGAUUUGCACCAUCCACCAACCCGCGUCCGGCGUUUUCGACAAGUUCGAUGAGAUCGUUUUGCUGUCAAAUGGACGACUGGUGUAUCAGGGAACUGUUCCAAUGAUCAAUCAACUGUUUCAAAAAUUUAAUUACAAAUGUCCGGAUUUGUACAACAAGGCAGAUUUUGUGAUUUCUAUUAUGAAUUCAGAUAGUGAACAAAUAAAAAAAAAUGUUGAUGAAAUGUGUAAGAUAUCUUCAACGGACAAACAAACGGAUCUUAAUUAUGAUUUAUUUAAUGACCAAGUACUACUGGAUUAUACUCAACAUUUACAAAUACAAAAACCAUUAUGGAUUACACAGCUAAUAUUGAUUUUAAACAGAUCCAUCAUAUGUCUUCUAAGAAAUUACAAAGUAAAACUACUGGAGUUGGGAACUAUAGUGUUUCUUGGUGUCAUAUUGUCUACGCCAUACCUGGACCUGAAGUUUGAUACCAAAGCUGUUCAAAAUUGGCAAGGCUUUUGGUUCAGUCUAAUAACGAAUUCUAUCUUCCAAUAUUGUUAUACGUCUAUUAUAACUUACCAAGCUGAAUUUCCAGUGGUCCAUCGAGAAGUCAGUAACAAUAUAUAUGCGUUGAGUGUGUAUUAUAUUUCUCAAAUUGUUAUUACGUUCAUUUGGACAACUMUAGAAACCAUGGUGUACACAUAUUUGGUGUUUUGGGUAGUAGGCAUUAACUGGGAGGUAAUGGUUGUGACAACGUUCGUGAUAAAUAUGUUGAUUUGUAGAUCAUAUGGUAGUGUUCUAUCAGCUUUUUUCGAAAAAUUCGAAAACAUUGUUUUAUUUUCAUUGGUGUACGAUUAUCUUGCUGUAUCACUUUGUGGUGCCUACAUUUCACUUGGAACAUUACCAUUUAUAUUGUAUUAUAUGAAAUAUUUUUCAAUAUUUUUUCUGGGCUGUGAAACAUUAUCUAUAUUACAAUGGCGAAACGUCACAAUCAUUCCAUGCCUAGACGUCGAUAAUUGUUUACGCGAUGGCAAGGAAGUCUUGUUAAGUUAUGGCUACGACAUUAAUCGAUUCAACACGGAUAUCAUAAUUUUAGGGGUCUUUUACGUUGUCUCCUAUAUACUUGGAUAUUACGGAUUACUAAGGAGAACAAAAAAACAACCAGCUUAUUGAAUGAAGACUGAUACAGAUUAUAAUUUAUCUUA